CAGCCAUUGGAGAAUUGCCCCUUUGAUGGCGCCGCCUACGUCAGAGGAGGAUGCUGUCCUCCACAUCGACGCGCGCUCAGACACAAAGAGGCUUCUCUUGCUCUGCUUCGUAUCCUCCUCAUUUCUCCAUUCCUCCGUCCUGCUGCUGAAGCUGGUGUGUAAACACACCCACGCUCACACGGAGUGCUGCAGAAAGCCGUGCUUGUCGGCGUGUUAAUGCCACACCCUCGGUUUUUUUGGCUUCUUUUGUGUCAGCUCAUGCCACAGGUAAUUCCAUUAGCUGGACUUUUUGUGUGAACAUGAAGAAAAUUUGGUCCAAGAAAAGAUUUCAGAGAACUGGGCAUCCUACGCGGCCGUUUGGCAGAUUUACCCAUGCGAAGUUUUCCGCUCCUGCCGAAAGCAAAGCUAUGACUCUGAGAACACAGAAGAUGAGAAUGCAGAACCUCAAAUGGAAACCAAGCAAGGGAACCAAGGAAAGGAUGGCUGGAGACGACCUCCAGAUGAUGGGAGUCGGAUGAUGGAAUACAACCCCGACCCCUCAGACCGCCGGGCAACACUGCCAGGCUCCUACGAUCCGGUCAUCGAGCGAGAGCUCCGCGCAUUAGGUGCACGCCCACCUGGGGCUCAUAUGGAACCCCCAAACCCAUCCAGGCAAGCUUUAAGUGGGGGUCCUUCAGAUGGGGGACCCCCGGUCCGUCACCUUGGGGUGGAACCACUGAUCCGCGCAUCACACGCUAACCUGGCCCGGCCUGUACAGGGGUCUGAGGAAAGUGUCUCUGUCGGCAGCGACUACUAUGGAAGCAUGUUCAGCCUUUACAGAGGGAGAACAUUGUCUAUGCCAUUGUAGAAGACUCUUGAGGAGGUCUAUUUUGGACUCCCGGCGACAAAAACUGAUACUCUUUAAGACAAAUGUUUCCUUUUUCAAAGCUCUAUUUUGAAGUUGCACAUUCCUUUGACUUUUCUUCUGCUGUGAGUUUGAUCUCUAACAUGACUGCCACAUCACCGACUGUUUCUUGUGACAGAUUUGGUUCACUUUUGACCUGUUGCCUGCUUUUUUAUAGCUGUAUUUCGUUUCUUGGACAAGAACCUCAUCGUUCAAGUUUAGCUCUCGCAUGCUGAGGGUGAUCUGCACUAACAUUAGCAUGCAUGGCCUCGCAUAUGACUGGUGUGAUUCGGGGACAUGGUUUGUGUUUAGCAGUGAGACUCCUGUCUGAGACGUGCGGAUAAUUCACAGCACUGAAUAUGACACUUGCAAAGAUGGAAGGCCUUCCGUCUUAGCGUCUCAUUUCAUUAUCCAGAGCCAUGUUUUUUUAAUGGAUUAAUAAGGAACCAGUUGCACAAACACAAAAUGUGUGCUGUGGCAUUAAGAGACUCACUGGCUUCUUUUACGCUCCCAAACUCUCCAGCAACUUUAUAACAGCGCAAUCCUAAUUCCUCCAGGACUGAUGAAGCAUCACUCUCCAGAACUCCCCUGUCAGCACCUGUGCCUCCCAAUUCUGACAAAAGCAGCCUCAGUAGUGCAAACCUUGGUGACCAACGGCAUGCGGACAAAUCACCAGUAGUCAAGAGCGCUGUCAUGAUCCCAAAACUGACCCGAACUGGACCCAAAAUCCUCGACAAGAUCCAGUCCUUUGAGGAACGAAAACUAAGCAAUGAUCUGCAAGGCCAGGUGUUGACUUCCGGUCGUAAUAAAAUGCCCGGAGACCCUAAAACACAGGACGGCAAAAUCCUGCAGGAUGCGUCUCACAAGCGCUCAGCAUUCAAACAAAGAGCCGCUUCAUUUGAAGACAAGACCAGCUACUCAGAGAUGGUCCAGAGUUACCAGAGCAAGUUUGCAGAAGAACUUCAGAGGAUCAAGAAACUUGUGGGGAGGCCGAGCUUGAAGAAAGCCUAUUCCACUGAACAGCUGUCGCAGAAAGACAGACUGGCACCUGGCAAGCUCGAACCAAUUCCGCUCAAGGUGGUUGAAAAGUUGGAAGCGCGUGAACGGGCCCAGGAAGGCACGGGAGCGGGACAGCGAAAUGAACGUGGGCUGAGUCAAUCUUCUGAAAAAGAUCACGCUACUGGUUCAUCGCAGUGGAAAGGAACGCCGGCAGUGGAUGGCUCAUCACAAAAAGAAGAAGAGGAGAAGAGCUCUGUUACCAUGGAGACUCCACCAGUUUGCCAGUUACCAGGGCAACCAUUGCCAACAGUCACAACGGCGCGACUCACUGGCUCUCACCCAACCUCUCCAACAAAUGUCCAGACUCAAGAUACUGACUACAGAACCGAUUCAAGAUCCAGUCCAACGGUGAAAAGAGUUGCUCCGUCAGCUGGCCCUUCUGUCACUCCUUUGUUGAAGAGGGAGAAGUCAGCAGUCCGGCAGACUUCCCAGUCCCCUAAGGUCGUCAUCCCUACCAUCUUGGUGGAGGAUGAACCCAUGGAAACAGAAGGUGUUGAAGACAGUGACAGGAAGCACAGGAGGAGGAGAGAGGGGAGGGGUUGCAAUGGUCACUCCCCGUCGCUCAGGACUCCUGGAGACGGGAGGUUGUCUGAUGACGAAGCACCCAAGGCGCCAGGGUUUGAGAGACCCCUGGAGGACCAGAUCACGCUCAGUGGACGUGAGGUCGUGCUCACUUGUAUUGUCAGCGGAAACCCACCCCCCACAGUCACCUGGAGGAAGAACGGCAAGGAGGUCCUGAAUGAUGAGCUGCACGAGCUGAAAUGCGAAGGGCAGUCGCACAUGCUGGUGAUAAAGCAGAUGGCGAGCGACCACAGCGGUUCAUACUGCGUCACAGCUGUCAACGCAGCAGGCCGAGCGUCAUGCCGCGCUGCACUGUCCAUCCAGUCAGAUUCCACCCAUGUGCCACGUGGGAAGUCACAGGAGCAGGGUACCCCUCUACAGGAAGAUCAGCUGAGCCCCCUGGAGGAGGCGAUGGAGCAGGGUCCGUCUGCUGCGGCGACUAAAAGUGUCCAGUUUAAAGAGCCUCCGUCUUUUCAGCUUCGGCCAUAUGACCAGAGGGUGACUGAGGGUCAGGAUGUUGUGAUCACUGUCAGGGUCGAAGGGCUGCCCAAGCCCACCACGUGUUGGUCUAAGGACCAGGCCUCUCUGAAGAUCGGAGGGCGCCUUUCUGUGCGGCAGACCCAUGAUGGCGCCCAGGAACUCACCAUACGGUCUGCUGAAAGGUCGGACUCCGGCCGCUACGUCUGCAAGAUCAACAACGAGUUAGGAAGCAAGCAGGAGGGAUGCCGAGUGGUGGUGAGAGCCUUGACUCAAGCACCCCUGAAAAUCCUAAGGGGGGUGGAGGACAUGGCCGUGCGAGCGGGGGAGUCAGCCAUAUUUGAGUGUCAAAUCGACGGACCGCCGGACGUGGACGUGGACUGGCUGUCCAAUGGCAAACUGAUCCAGCCGGCACUGCUCAACUGCAAGAUGCACUUUGAUGGAAAAAGGUGCCGCCUCCUGCUGAGCUCUGUCCAUGAGGACGACAGUGGGACUUACACUUGUAAACUGAGCAGUGCCAAAGAGGAGUUGACCUCCAGUGCCAGCCUGACAGUCGCUGCCUCCACAGAGCCGCUAUUCACCCGCAAGCUGGACAUCCUGGAGGUCAUAGAGGGGCGUACGGCUCGCUUUGACUGUAAGGUGAGCGGAUCCCCGGCUCCUUGCGUCACCUGGAUGCACUUUGAGACACCAGUGAAGGAAAAUAAUAACAUCCACUUCCUGAAAGAGGGGGGUCGCCACUCACUGAUCAUCACUCAUGUAAGCAGCGAGACAGAAGGCUUCUACACAGCUGUUGCUCAGAAUAUCUAUGGAAAGUCUGAGUGCACGGCUGAGCUGUACAUGCAGGAGCACAGGCCAGCCAUCUCCUCACACAUGUCCAAGCUGGAGAAGAUGCCAUCCAUCCCUGAAGAGCCGGAGAUGGUGGAAGGAGAGUUGGAGAGAAGGAUCAUGCCAGAUUUCAGCAAGCCACUAGGAGAUGUGGAGGUGAUCGAAGGCAAAGAAGUGGUGUUGAAAUGUCGAGUUUCAGGCCUGCCGUACCCAACCAUUGCCUGGUACCACAAUGGCAAGGUCAUCGACAGCAGCGAGGAACGCAAGAUGACGCAGCAGAAGGAUGUUCACCAUCUGGUCAUUCGGAGUGCCUGCCAUGCUCACAGUGGUGUUUACAAGGCAGUCAUCUCCAACAAGGUUGGCAAAGCUGCCUGCUACGCUCAUUUAUACGUCAUAGACAUAGUCCCUGACCCGCCUGACGGUCCGCCUGUCGUCGAGGCCAUCACAGGAAAGACAAUCAGCCUGAGUUGGAAAAGACCCAAGAGGCUGGACUCUUCUUUUGAGUCUGCGCCGCUCAUGUAUGUGGUCCAGCAGCAGCCUCUUGGCUCCAUCCAGUGGUCAAUUGUGGCUUCCAGCCUGAGGGACACCAACUACACGGUCACCAGCCUGACUAAAGGAGUCCGCUAUGCUUUCCGUGUGCUGACAUCCACCGGCAAGCUGUUUAGCAAACCAUCCCCGUCGACUGAUCUGGUCCAACUGCUGGAUAGAGGUCCAUACUUGAGGAAACCGCCUGUCAUCGUGGACAAACCUGAUGUUCUGUAUGUGGCAGAGAACCUGCCUGCGACUGUGACCAUCACUGUCAACCAUGUGCAUGCAGUCAUCACUUGGAAAAGGAGAGGUGUGGUGCUGGCCAGCAAGCCCGGGGUGUAUGAGAUGAGCAUGCCAGAUGACGAUCAGCACUCCCUGAAGAUUCAGCGUUUCAGGAGCAGCGAUGUCGGCCAGUUGGUCGUCACGGCCAGCAACCAGUUUGGCAGCGAUCUGUGCACGGUGCAGCUGGUCAUGGCAGUUGCUCCAAAAUUUGAAAGCAUCAUGGAGGAUGUAGAAGUCCACACCGGGGAGACGUCACGCCUGGUGGUUGUGGUGGCAGGGAAACCAGACCCAGACAUCCUCUGGUUCAAGGACGAUGUUCUUUUGUCAGAGAGCAGCUUUUUCACGUUUGUUUACGACGACCCAGAAUAUUCUCUUGUGGUCCUCAACGCCCGACCCGAACACUCCGGGGUUUACACCUGUACUGCCAAGAACCUGGGUGGCUCCAACUCCUGCAAGGCUGAGCUGACGGUGCUCACAGAGAGGAAGCCAGCACCAGAUCUGAUGGAGGAUGAAGCGACGAUUUUACGAAAGAUGAGACGCAUGACAGAUUACUAUGACGUCCACAAGGAGAUUGGGAGAGGGGCCCACUCAUACGUGAAGCGAGUGACUCGCAGGACGGACAAGACCAGCUUCGCUGCCAAGUUCAUCUCAUCCAGAGGGAAGAGGAAAGCCGCGGCUCUGAGAGAACUGGAGCUGCUUUCAAGGCUGGACCAUGAACACGUCCUCUGUUUCCACGAUGCCUUUGAGAAGAAGAACAUCGUCGUGCUCAUCACUGAGUUAUGCCACGAAGAGUUACUGGAGAGAAUGGCCAAAAAAACAACCGUGGCAGAAGUGGAGAUCCGUUCCAGCAUCCAGCAGAUAUUGGAGGGUCUGCGUUACCUCCAUCAAAAGAACAUUGCCCAUCUGGACAUAAAGCCUGAAAAUAUCUUGAUGUCAAAGCUUGACAGUGACCGGAUCCGGAUCUGUGACUUCGGAAAUGCAGUGGAGUUGGAGACAUCUGAAGAGCAAUACUGCAAAUAUGGCACACCUGAAUAUGUUUCACCUGAGAUUGUGAACCAAACACCUGUUUCCACGGCAACAGACAUUUGGCCUGUCGGCGUCAUCGCUUAUCUCUGCCUGACGGGUGUGUCUCCCUUUGCUGGCGAGAAUGACCGAGCAACCACACUAAACAUCCGCAACUACAAUGUGGCGUUUGAAGAGAACAUGUUUGCUGGACUCUGUAAAGAAGCCAAGGGAUUCAUUGUGAAGCUUUUGGUGGUGGACCGACUACGCCCGAACGCCACUGAGUGCCUACGUCAUCCUUGGUUUAAGUCAACAGGAAGUAAGACUUUCAGCACUGCCAUGAUCAAGCAGGUUUUGUCCAGACGACAGUGGCAGCGGUCGCUCAUCAGCUACAAAUCCAAGAUGGUGAUGCGAGCCAUCCCAGAACUCUUGAACGACUCCUCCAACCACGUCUCCAUUGCUGUGGCCCGGCACCUGAAAGAUGGCUCCCCACCAGUGUCCUCCUCCUCAGACUCAGAGGCAGAUGUAGAUGAGCUUCCCUUUGUUCCGAUGCCAUUGUCCAUGGUGUUUUCCGGCUCGAGAAUCUCCCUGAAAGAAUUCCCUGAUGAUGAUGACAUUUCAGGAGCGGCACCCGCCGAUAGAAAGCGUGACGGAGCACGUUCAGGAAGUGAUGUCGACAAGCGGACUGAAGGCGUAGAUGAUGCAGUAAGUGAGAGAGCCAGUCGUGCUCUCUGUCAAAAGGGAUCAAGUGUGGAAGCAGAGGAAUCACAGACGAGACCGAGAAGGGCUCCGAUGAGACGCGGCAGUUCUGCUGAUUCUGCUCUGCUCCUUCACGUUGACUCUGACGAUGCAACGUCAGAGUCAAGUCAAAAAAGCCUGAAAAGCGCUGUUUCGAUGGAGCUGCCGAAUCGCAGCGCCAGCCCCAGUGUGGCAAAGAUAAGCCAAGAGGAGUACGCCUUAAAACUGGAACUGAUGAGGCAGAGACUGCUCAGAGGGGGGAGCAUGGACAAGAGUGGACUGCGAGGACCACUGUUCGAAACACUUGGCAUGGACCAUGGACAGCAGACUGGCUCCUUGGAGAAGAAGUUGAGAAGGUCCAGGGCAGGACCAUCAACACUCAUGAGAGCAGCAUCAACAGAGAACGCUGGCGUGGAUACACCAAAGACCAAAGUUUUCCAGAAAAGUGCCUCCUUCUCACACGGUGACACUGAGCCUGUGCCCCUCCAUCGCAGAUUUGGAGCACCUCUGGAGAUCCCCAGUGCUGGCCCCACCAGCAUGGAAGGACAUAAACUUCAGGAAGCCAUGUCAAUGUCUGUCCUCGCAGAGCAUAUUGAACAGGCUUCCCCACCGGGCUUGGAAGAGUGGCAGCAUAAGGACGAGGAAUCAGGAACGGGUGUGAAAAAACAAGCCGUCGAGUCAGGGACAAGGGACCAGUCUCACUCAGAUGUUUCCAAGUCAUCAUCUUCAUCCAAUGCUCUGAAGGUAGAAGAGGAAAAGACAGACCGUCGGGAUUCCGCUGCAUUACCCCAGUCUCCCAUGAAGACAAGUGGAGCGAGCCACGGCAAUGUAGUUCCAGAACACCCAGCGGUGUUUGCCAAAGUAGCAACUGCAGAGCGAUCCCAAAGUCAAGACUCAUCUACAACUGACCCGGGCCAGUCUCGUCGACCAGCAUUGCGAUCUGACAUCAAAGACAUAGACUCCGAGGUCGUCUUUGAAGCCCGUUUCAAGAAACGAGAGUCCUCAUUGACACGUGGCCUUCGGAAGCUGACAAGAAACAAAUCCGAGGAGAAAUCCCCAUCACUGAGUCGAAAGGUUGUUAAGGAUGGCGAGGAGGUUUACAGGCCGGGACCCAGAGGGGCACCUGUGGAGAUGGUUCCUAAAGGACUACAGGAGAAAUCCAGGUCGGUUCAAGACUUAAGGGAAGAAGACAAAGAGCCCGGCCUGGGUCUGAUUGGGAGGUUAUCAUUGCGGGCGAAGCGAUCCUCUUCUGUUGAUAAAAAAUCUAAGGAGGAAAACCGUCAGACGGGGAAGGAAACUGCAGGGAAUAAGAGGGUGUCAUGGGCGAUUGGUUUGAGCAAGUCUUUGGAUACAAAGGAGAUGAAUGGUGCUGGCACUCAGAAGCAUUUGGACAAAAGAGACCUUGAGGAAGCUGAGGAGUCAUCGGUUUCUGCAAUGAGACGCAAGUUUGAGUCAAAGGUAGCUGGAAUGUCAGUCAAACUGAAAACGCAGUCAGAGCAGAGGGGCCAGGCAGAGCUGCUACAAAAGGACUUGAAAAGAGUCACAGACUCUCCCGUCCUGGAGAUGCGGCAGAGAUUUGAAAGCAAAGGAACCGCGCCGUCUUCCAAAGUCCGCAGCCAGUCUGAAGAAAGAAGAGUGGAAGCAGAAGGGAAGAGGACGCCGCUGUUUUCCCGCCAUCGGCAUUCCCAGUCUGAGGGCCGAGGACUGAAGGGGAUGGGCGUCCCAGAGAACCAGCUCGCUAAACAGAUCGGCACCAACGCAUCAAAGGAAUCCGUUGAAUCUACGUCAAGCAUUCAUUCUGAGAAGGAGAGUGAAAGACGCUCACGCUGGGACAGAUGGGGUUUGACCAGGAGCAAGAAAGACAAAACCCCGUCACAAACAGAUCUCCCUUUAACUUUAUCCAGCGAUGGUUUAAGUGUUUUGAAUUCUGAAAAGUACAUCCGCUCUGCUUCUGAUUUCCCACCAAUAUUCCACAUCAAACUUAAAGACCACGUCCUGCUGGAGGGCGAGCCGGUCACUCUCACCUGCCUCCCAGCUGGAAGCCCCCCUCCUCAAAUCUCCUGGAUGAAAGAUCGGAAGCCGCUGGAAGUAACCGACGGAGUCACCCUGACCUCUCAUGCUGAUGGUCGGCAGCUUCUGAUGAUCCUGAAAACCACGCAGAUGGAUGCUGGAGUCUAUGAGUGCAACGCUACAAACCCCAUAGCAACUAUCACCACCUCCUGCACGCUGUCACUCGCAAAUAUUCCAAAGACACCUGGGACCCCAGAGGUCCCUCAGACAUACAACAACACAGCGCUGGUGCUCUGGAAGCCAGCGGACACCAAGGCUCCUUGCACCUACACCCUGGAGAGAAAGACUGAGGGAGAAUCUAACUGGAUCACUGUGGCCACAGAAGUGUUGGACUGCUACUGUAAUGUGACAGAUCUGCCACCGGAGGGAGUCUUCAGGUUCCGUGUCUGCUGCGUCAACAAGGCAGGACAAGGCCCGUACAGUCGUCCCUCUGCUCCAGUGGACCUGGACUCUUCAGUGAGAGGUGCUUCAUCUGGUGUGGCUUUGGUGAGCACCACGCCGAGCCCCCCUGCUGUCACCUCUUCUGUGAGCAUCAGGCCCAGCGUGAGCCCUUCCACCACAGCUGCUGCUUCACAUCAUGAGCCCACAGCUGCAGUCUCAGAACCUUUGUCAGCUGCGCUGGAGGAGUCUUCUAAAACAGCGCCCAGGUUCUCCUCAACAUCCAAAGGAGCGCCAUCCUUCGUUUCUCCAAAGGCCCAGAGUCCUGUGAACGUGGUCAACCCUAUGACACAGACCCCGACAGUUUUGACUCCACCCACCACACCGACCAAACCUGCAGUCUCCUCCGUUCCCAGCUAUGCCCCACUCACCACCAUCGCUACCCACACACCCCUGAGUCCCAUCUCCUUCUCGCCUCAAGUCCUCCAGACAUCCAGCCUGAGUCCCAUUGGUGACGGGGCAAUGUCGCCCACCACAGGAACCACCCUAUCUGCACCCACCACUAGUUUACGGCAAGGAGUACCACAGAAGCCAUACACUUUCUUAGAUGAAAAGUCCAGGGGUCGGUUCGGGGUCGUGCGUGAGUGCCGUGAGAACGCAACAGGCAAAAUCUACAUGGCAAAGAUCAUUCCAUACAGCAAGGACAACAAAGCCAAGAUCCUGAGGGAGUAUGAGAUCCUGAAACUGCUGCGCAACGAGAAGAUACUGGCACUUCACGAAGCGUACGUGACACCACGCUACCUGGUGCUGGUGGAGGAGUACUGCACCGGCAAGGAGCUGCUCUACAGCCUUGUCGACAGGUUCCGAUACUCUGAAGAUGACGUGGUGGGUUACUUGGUCCAGAUAAUCCAGGGAGUUGAAUAUCUCCACAACCGGCGUGUUCUCCACUUGGACCUGAAAGCAGACAACAUCCUUGUGACCAACCUCAACAGCGUUAAGAUUGUGGACUUUGGAAGUGCUCAGACGUUCAACCCACUCAGCCUGAAGCAGCAGGAGUCCGGCACCGGAACGCUGGAGUACAUGGCUCCUGAGCUGCUGAAAGGUGAAGUGGUGGGACCCCCCGCUGACCUCUGGACUGUCGGAGUGGUAACCCACAUCAUGCUGAGUGGCCGCCUGCCUUUUGAAGACAAAGACCCCACACGCGUCGAGUCCAAGAUCCUGAUGGCAAAGUUUGACCCAACAAAACUGUACUCAAAUGUAUCCCAGAGCGCCUCCGCCUUGGUGAAGAAGAUGCUGAGCAGCUACCCGUGGGCCCGUCCGACCACUCGGGACUGCUUCUCCCACGCUUGGCUGCAGGACUCGUACCUCAUGAAACUGAAGAGACAGACUCUCACCUUCACCACCGGUCGGCUAAAAGAGUUCCUGGUAGAGCAACAGCACCAUCGAACAGAAAGCGCCACCAAGCACAAGGUGCUGCUGCGCACCUACCAGAGCUCAGACCCCACCAGGGCUGGGACCACAGGCCAAGUGUCCAGUGCUUGAGGACGCUGCCGCUGAUAUGGGAGGCAAAUGGAAUGGCAGUGUUUUUACAUGCAGGUUUUACUGUACUGCAGACCCUAGAACCAUCGUCUGUUUCUGGUUGAUGCUGUUUUCAGAUUUGUGUUGAAGCCACGUCUUAUUUAUUUUGUUUGAAGUCAGUUUGAAUGGGUAUGAAGCCCCUGAGGGAACACUGAGAUGAAGUUUGUUCUUCUACUUCCUGAUCCGCAGAUCAUCCUACCGGGAAACUUCUGCUAGUUGAUGUGGAAUAAGUGUUCGGUGAAGUUAUUUUAGCUGUUGUGAUGUAAAGAAAUCUGAUACACGCACAUGUAUUGUGAGUGAAUGAUACACUGAGAGCAUGUAUAUAAUAAAUGAGGCUUCGUGACACAGUACUGAAGGGUUAAUGUGGCUCCAUGAAACAGUGUCCUCAUUUCCAGAUGUCCAGUCUCAUUGAAAUGGUUGUUUAAAUCCAAAGAUUUUAGAGCAGAGAGCGCCAUCUGGUGGCUCCUGGAAAUAAGGACACUGUUUCAUGAAGCCUCAUCAGCCCAUCACUAAUGCUAAACAAGGUAAUUUGUUGACUUCCUCCUUGUUGUUGAAAUCUUUUCCUUCAUCUCUGUGAAAUCCUUCUUGCUUUUUUUCAAUCCUUCAUUGAAAAAGAAGUUGAACCCAGGUGUUGCGUGUCGGCCAUCUUCGUCGUCUGUUGACCAGGAAGUGAAACUGUCAGACGGAUCAGUCAAAAACACAUGUACCUCAGGGGUUCUGUAAAUGGGAAACUAAAACCCCCAAAAUCCGAUUGAUUUUGAAAUAUAUCCUUUUCUAUGUUAAUUUAUUUACAGGUGAGUGUGGGCGGAGUCAGUACUGAGAGGAGACAGUGAGACGCGUUUUCCUGUUCCGCUGGAUGUGGAGCUGUGCUGGUGGGCAGAAACUACUCUCACACACACACCACCUUAUGGAGCUUCAGCCGUGGCCUGAUCCAUGUCUCGAUGCUAGUCUUGCCUUGCCACCGCGUGACCAUAGUUGUGUGGUCUACUUUCAUCCACUGCUCCAUUUUUCUAUCAGCUCUGAUGGUUGGAGGUUUGUAAAUGUACCAAUUUGCUGUGUUUCUAUGUGGAGAUCUUUUUAAUGGGGUGGUCUGUAAUAAACAUGUUCAUAUGAGCCUGA